UUUCGGAUCCCCUGUCUCCAUCCGUGUGUUUUAUGUCUGCGUCACAACAAGUCACUCGGUCGAGAGCGAGAGGCUGGGAUGAUGGCGUCUCUCACGGGUUGACUCUCGGCAGCGUCGGCAAACACGUUCAUCGGCGCCGUUGGGACAAGAAAAGAAAAGUGGCCGACGAGCGGGACCAUGUCGAUACGUCGCGGUGAAAGACGGACAGAGAGAGGGACGGACAGACGGACGGCUUCGCGUUGACGAGUUGAUUGACGCGCCGCUUGGCACGGACGCACACCGUAACACACAAACGUAGCUGGCUACAGUAACAGAGACGCGAAAAAAAAAAAAAAAAAAAAACUGGCGAAAAGAAACCCCAGGAACAUUUAAUGUCAAGCUUUUAUAGUUUUAUCCGUUAACCCCGUACAGAAAGGACUUCGACCUGUCAGGAUGGGGGCAGUGAACGAGGGAGACGACGUGCUGGCUCGAUGGAGUGAUGGAUUGUUAUACCUAGGCAAUGUUAAAAGAGUAGAUGAGCUCAAACAGUGCUGUUUGGUUCGGUUUGAGGACAACUCUGAGUUCUGGGUGCUGAGGAAAGACAUCCACUCCUUCUCCGCCGUGAAAGAGGGCGUCUGCUCAGUCUGCGACGCCCCGCCCCUCAAAGAACCGCUGGUGAACUGUCACAAGUGUCGCCAUGGAUAUCACCCUCAGUGCCACACUCCCUCUGUCGAACCUGAAUCCCAUUGCAACGCCUGGAUAUGCAGACAGUGUGUCUUUGCGGUUGCGACAAAGAGAGGAGGAGCCUUAAAACGGGGUCGAUUCGCCCGCCUCAUGCAGAUCAUGAAACUGUGCCUGCCCUAUCAGCUUUCAGCUUUGGACUGGGACCCUCAGCAUCUGACCAAUCAGCAGCAGUGUUACUGCUACUGUGCCGGCCCAGGAGAGUGGAACCUGAAGAUGCUGCAGUGUGGCGGCUGUGGGCAGUGGUUCCAUGAGGCGUGCACUCAGUGUCUGACCAAGCCUCUGCUGUACGGGGACAGGUUCUACCAGUUUGAGUGCUCGGUGUGUACAAAGGGACCUGAAACCAUUAAAAGACUACCUAUGAGCUGGGUAGAUUUGGCCCAUUUGGUGCUGUAUCACCUCUCCUUGUGCUGCAAGAGGAAGUACUUUGAUUUUGACCACGAAAUCCUCUCCUUCACCAACGAGAACUGGGAGUCCCUGUUACUGGGGAAGCUGUCUGAUACGCCCAGACCAGACCGCUGCCAGAACCUCCUCAACGCUCUGAACUCCCACAAAGACAGGUUUGUCUCCGGGAAAGAGAUCAAGAAGAAGAAGUGUCUGUUCGGGCUUCAGGUCCGCGCUCCUCCACCCUUGACCUCCGACCUUUCACCCCUCAUCACGGAGCCCCCCGUCAGCAUCUCUCACAGGAGAAGCCCGCUGUCGGUGUUGUGUCACCGGCGUCCCGGCAACGCCGAGCCUCGCAAACCCAAGCGCCGCAUCGCCGACACUCAGCCCCUCCCUCAAGCGGUCGCGGCCAAUCCGCUCGAGCUGACCCCCUGCUGCCAUGGUUACGUGGGCGGGACCAGCCUGUUCAACUCCAGAAGACGUGAGGACGAGCUUCCCUCUGGAUCCCCACCUAAGCGGAUGUUUGCCCUCUACCACCCCUCCUAUAGCGGAACUCUGCACCACUACAGUGUGGAGGACCCCUGUAACCUUCCACCGCCCUGCCUUCCCUUCCCUCGGUCGUCCGCCCACCUGCCUGCCCAAAAAGCAGACCCCUGCGCUCCGCUCUUCCUGCGUGAUGUCACUUCCUGUCCCGGCGGGGGCGGGGGCGGGGGGGAGGGGCCCGGGUGCGGGGGCGGGGGCGGUGAGGCGGUGAGGAUCCUGGCGAGACGGGUGACGCCUGAAGGAAAAGUCCAGUACCUGGUGGAGUGGGGGAAUGUCAACGCGCGCGGUCGUCCCAGGGCCCGGUCCAAUGGGCUGGCCGGGGUGGCGCUGACCACCUUGGGAAUUCGGUCGGUCACCCCAGAUGCCGCCCCUGUUUUUGCGAAUAAAGGUCCCGGUAGCCCUGACCCCCCCUCCCCUGGCCCCCUCAUGAACAAGGACCCGGUAGCCCCUGACCCCCCCUCCCCUGGCCCCCUCAUGAAGAAGGUCCCGUCUCGGCUAGGGCGCAAAUACGGGACCUGCCGGGGUAAAAUUCACAGCAUCUCAUUUUGUAUCCGUUACCAGCUGGCGAGGAAAAAGCACUGCCAACGCGCGCCCUCAGCGUCUCCGUCGCGACGUCGCGAAGAGCAGCAGUUAGAAGCUCGAACACCCCGGAAAGAGGACGCCACCUGCAGCUCCGAUAACCGCUGGGAGCCGAGGGAAACUGGCUCGACCAGGUGUGCGGGAGUGAUGCUGUUCCUGAAUACAGGAGACAGAUCAGAAGGAUGGAGGCUCCACCACGUCAACGGCCAAAGGAAGGACCGGGCGUCUUGA